AUGAGCUCCAACAAAGGCUCGUCGUCCGACUUCCUCGCGGUUAAAAACUCCGGUACCACUGGCAAUGGCACCACUUCCCUCGGCCACAAUGACACCUCGCAAAUGUCUUCGUUCGCCUCCAACUCCGAGUCGCAGGAAGGAAGCUCAUAUAUGCUCGACAGGUGGGCGGAAGCACCCCCCUCGUCGGAGCCGUGGUCAUCAGUCAAAGCCACCUAUUUUCCCAAACGUUAG